AGGGGUGGGGUACCUCGCAAGUACCUCCAGGGGUGCAGUCAGCGCGCUUAAAUUUUAUCGCAGGCGCGUCCAUUUUAUCAAAUGCUCCCAUCGAACGCCUGCCUUGGUAGCUCUCCAAAACCUUUCUUUCUGCGUCGGCCGUUCACCACCAAGACUUGUGCAUCGCAACUAUCCCUUCGCCAGAUCAGCAAAAAUGGCUGCUCCCGUAAUGACCGUCUCCGAGAGCAAGGAGCUCCGGGGGCUAAACCUCAUCGCUGCGCAUUCCCAUAUCCGUGGCCUCGGAGUUGAUUCCGACACAUUGGAACCGAGAUCUUCCUCUCAAGGGCUUGUCGGACAGGAGAAGGCAAGAAAAGCAGCUGCAGUCAUGUUGGAAAUGAUAAAGCAGGGGAAAAUUGCCGGCCGCGCCGUUCUCAUCGCCGGUCCCCCGAGCACCGGGAAAACCGCGAUUGCCAUGGGUAUGGCGCAGUCGCUCGGCCCGGAUGUACCUUUCACGAGCCUCGCCUCGUCCGAGAUCUUCUCCCUUGAGAUGUCCAAAACCGAAGCCCUCACACAAGCGUUCCGCAAAUCUAUUGGAGUCCGCAUCAAGGAGGAAAGCGAAAUUAUGGAAGGCGAAGUCGUGGAAAUUCAGAUCGACCGGAGCGUCACCGGCGGGGCCAAGCAGGGCAAACUCACCAUUAAGACGACGGAUAUGGAAGCGGUCUAUGACAUGGGCAGCAAGAUGAUUGACGCCAUGACCAAGGAGAGAGUUAUGGCUGGCGACAUCAUCUCGAUUGACAAGUCGUCCGGCAAGAUCACGAAGCUCGGCCGAUCAUACGCAAGGUCUCGCGACUACGACGCCAUGGGGGUCGACACCAAGUUCCUCCAGUGCCCAGAUGGCGAACUGCAGAAGCGGAAAGAGGUGGUCCACACUGUGACGCUCCACGAAAUCGACGUCAUCAACUCCCGGACGCAGGGUUUCCUCGCUCUCUUCUCCGGGGAUACGGGCGAAAUCCGGAGCGAAAUCCGAGAUCAGAUCAACACCAAGGUUGCCGAGUGGAAGGAGGAAGGUAAAGCAGAAAUUGUUCCCGGCGUUCUAUUCAUCGAUGAGGUGCACAUGCUCGACAUUGAGUGUUUCUCAUAUAUCAACCGAGCCCUGGAAACCGAUUUAGCGCCCAUCGUGAUCAUGGCAAGCAACAGAGGCCACUCCCGGAUCCGCGGAACCGACUACAAGAGCCCGCACGGGCUUCCGCUCGACUUCCUGGACCGGGUGUCCAUAAUCAACACGCACGCCUACACCACCGACGAGAUCCGGCAAAUCCUCGCCAUCCGCGCCCAGGAGGAGGAGGUGGACCUAUCCGCCGACGCGCUCGCCCUCCUCACCACAAGCGGCGAGAAGGCUGGUCUGCGGUACGCGAGCAACCUGAUCACCACGUCCCAGCUCAUAUGCGCGAAGCGGCGCGCCAAGCAGGUCGACGUCGAGGAUGUCAAGCGGAGCAUCAAGCUCUUCUACGACCCCGGGCGGAGUGUCAAGUUCGUGAGCGAGUCGGAGAGGCGCCUCAUCGGCAAUGACGGCGCCGUGGACUUCUCGGUCGCAAAUGGCCAGGUAGAUAAGAUGGACGUGAGCUAGAGGGGGGCCUGAGAUGGUGUGCUGGCGUUCUGGCGGGUAAAAUUUGAGGUCCGAGCCGGAAAGGCAUCGGUAGAUAAAUUACCCUUGUAUAACAUUCCACGGGCGUAGGUGGUCUUUAAAACGAGAGCUGGCGUUGUUUUCCCAUGUACUCGAGCUUGCCAGGUAUAAGUUGCCCGGGUUAUAUUACAUUUCCAACUGUUACA